AUGGUCUUUGCACGCCGCUCGGUCCUGCAUAUCGCAACUGCAGCCCAGUCCUUCCGUGCGGCCCCAGCUGUUCGGCAUACUGCUCAGCUGCUGAGCCGUCGGUCCUAUGCCAGUGGAAAGGGCUACCAGGAGCAUAAGACGAGUGAUCUUCCAUGGCUCCUUGGAUCUGUCGGGCUGGGCGGUCCCAUGAUCGUCUACAUUAUUCAAUCUGGCCCCAAGAAGAAGCAGCACAAUGAUGGUCACAGCGUUGAACAUGGUGCCGAACAUACAGAAGACCACGAACAGACGGUUGAUGCUACUCAGGGAGAGGAGGAAGUCAAACCUGACGACCCGAUGGCUGGGGAGGAACAGCUGUCUGACGAGCCAUUGGAGAAGCCAAAGCAGGAAAGGGAAACCCAGGCCCCUAAGAAGGAAGAAAAGGAAAAGGUUGAACAUUCGUCCGCUGAAAAGGAGACUAAGACCAAGGAGCCAAAGAAAGAAGAGUCUGGAGAAUCAAGUAGCGACGAGCCCGCUGGUACGAAGCCCCCCAGUGGCCCUGAAAGUACAUCAUCCAAGCAGGACAAUGACGAUUCUACGAGCCCCCACACUGACGCCUCCAAAAAGAGCGAGAAGGGCGAGCAGAGCUAG